GUUCUGGUGCUUAUCCAAGCCACACAUCUAUUAUGUUCAGUUCUGAUACUGGUUUCUUCAGCUCCAGUCGAGAAUGAAAUUCACGUUAGAGGCACUGAUUUAGAAGAAGAGAAAGAAGAACACCUUCCUCCGAUAAUUCCUCCGGAGUUUGAACUAAAAGAAAGAGAGUUUCCAGAAAGAGAAGAGGAGAACGAGGAAGAAAAAGAGAAUGAAAACACGGUACGGGAAGAAUUUGAACACUUCCGUGACGAGGAGAGUUUGAAGAACUUUUUAAAGAGGCUGAAAAGGGAGCUUGCAUUCGAAAAGACUGCAAGGGAAGAAAACGAAGAAAGGGAAGAGCUCAGUAAUGAGGAGCUUCUGGAAAGGGAACUUCCUGAAGAAAUAAAAGAAAUACCAAAAGAAAAAGGUGCACGGGAACUGAAAGAGGAAGAUGGGUUGGAAAUGUUUUAUCGGAAUUUGAAGAGAGACCUUGAAGAGAAACCGGCGAGAGAUUUGCCUGAUGAGGAAAUGGAGCAUGAAUUCCCUGAGGAAGAAGAAGAAAUGUCAGAAAGAGAACUUGAUGAAGAACUCGAGGAGAACUCUAAACGGGAGUUAGAAGCAGAAGAGUUGGAGGAAACUGUGGCUGAGGAACGUGAAGAUAAGCGUGAAUUGGCUGAGGAACGUGAAGAUAAGCGUGAAUUGGCUGAGGAACGUGAAGAUAAGCGUGAAUUGGCUGAGGAACGUGAAGAUAAGCGUGAAUUGGCUGAAGAACGUGAAGAUAAGCGUGAAUUGGCUGAGGAACGUGAAGAUAAGCGGGAAUUGGCUGAGGAACGUGAAGAUAAGCGUGAAUUGGCUGAGGAACGUGAAGAUAAGCGUGAAUUGGCUGAGGAUAAGAGAUCGAGGGAGGAACUCGAAGAAAACGAGGAAGAAUCAGCCUUGAAAAGGAAAAGAGACGGAGAGGACAUGGCUACAGAAUGGGAAAUUCCUGAAUCUGAGGAACACUUUCGCCAUAACAAGCGAUCCAAACAUCCUCCAAAGCACAUGCGCGAACGAGAAGCCGAGAGGGAGCGAGAGCGUUUCGAUGACCACGGACACAAGGAACGUGAACGUGAGGAGUUCAGAGAAAGACAACGAGAACGGGCCCUUAGUAAUGGCGGAAAAUUACACGAGAGGGAAAUGGAGGAGCGCAAACAGCGUCAAGAAAUUGGUCCUCAUGGUGUCAGGCGAGAAGAAAGAGAAAGGUUCCGAUUUCGAGCUCGUGGAGAAUAG